AUGGAUAAACAAGAUUAUUAUCAAGUCUUGGGAGUUGAGAAAAAUGCUACAACAGAGGAGAUUAAGAGUGCUUACAGAAAGUUAGCUUUGGUAGACAUUAUUAUAGUUAUAUAUGUAGAAAUGGCAUCCAGAUAAGAACCCUGAUAAUUAAGAGACAGCCAAAAAAUAGUUUUAAUUGAUUUUACAAGCUUAUACAGGUUAGAUUUUCAAUUUAUAUUAAUAGUUCUUUGUGAUAAUCAGAAAAGAGCAAACUAUGACAAAUUUGGAACAGCAGAUGGUGAAGACCAAAUGAAUUUUGAUUUUGAUGAUUUUUUUGCUCAAGAUUUUGAGUCUAUGAUGAACUUUAUGAUGGGUGAUGCUUUUAUGAAGAUGUUUACUAAUAUUGGUAGACCAGGAAGAGGCAAACAUAAAUUUAAAAUACCAACUUCUUUUGUUUUCAAAUAAGCUUAACCAUAAAAGAAGCCAGAAAAAAAAAAAGAAGAAGAAGAUGAAUGGGAAACUGAAGAAGAAGUUGACGAAGAUGAUGAUUGGAAAGAUGUAGAUGAUGAUGAUGAAGAUGAUAAGAAUGAUAAUGAUGAUGAAUUCUAAUCAGAUAGUGAUGAUGAUCUUACAUAAACUGAAAAUUUAUUUAUGAUGCCUAUGUUUAUAGAAGAUAGCAUUAAGGAUACUGAUAGUAAUAUAUUCUUUUUAUAUUCUAAGGUAAUAAGUUCAAAUGUAAAUUUGAUGGUUAGAUAUUGAAAGAAUAAACCUUAGUGUAGCAUUUUGAAAAGAACCAUAAAAAAGAAUUUGCUGUAUGGAGUAAAAAAAAGCAUUUUAAAUGAUUAAUUAAUUACAUUAUUUUUAGAUAUGAAAAAUAGAUUCCUACAACUUAAAUAAAAACUUAAUAAUUGGAAGUGGAUUGAAUGCCAAGUAACUCUUCACUCUCAAACAAAUUAAUAAGAAUCAUAUCGUCUUCUUGAAACCAACUAUAAAAUUAUGUAAGAUUGUACAGUUGUUGAAGAAUAACUAUAAUUCAAUAUACAAAUGUAGAAAUCUUUCAAUUUCUCUAAAAGAAUAGGAUGGAAUUGGCACAAAAGUUGGAAACUUCCAGAAAUCACUGUUAAACCCAUUCUAAAUAGCUAUAAAUUAUAUACAAAAGGUCUCAGAUGUAGAUUGAUUUGUGGCUAUGUUGAGGAUGUAUCUACAAUUAGAUAAGUUGAACUUGAAGGAAAUAUAGAAAAAUUAUAUAAUGAUGACAUCUAAGGCUUUUAAUUUGAAAAUAUAAAGUUUAGUUCAACUUCAUAUAAACUGGAGGUUUUUACUUAUCCAUAUUUAUAGGGUGUCCAUUUUCAUGUCAUUAUUGAGAUCUAUAGAAGAGAUGAUAUCUUUGAAAGUGAACUAACUAUUAAAUCAGUCAUCUCUCCUCCAAUUUUUGUUGAUUCAAGGAAAGCUGCCAGAAAUACUAAGAGAUUUGACUAUUAGAAAAUUAUGUCCCUCAUCUAACCUUUUCAUCCAUUCUCCCUUAAGAAAUAACUUAUAGUUAGAUCUGAUAAAUCUAAAAUAUUAAAAAUAGAGGAUACUCUUGAAGGACUUAAUAAUUAUUUGAUGGCAUAGAAUAUUAGGAAUAAGUGUAGACAUCCCUACUUUUUAGCAUUAAAAUUUAGAUCAGUCUUUGAUCUUUACUAUAAUUCUAAUUAAUAUUCUACUCUAAUGAAUUUGGAAUAAUUACUUGUUAAGAUUUAAUAAUGUUUAGUUGAUAGUUUAAAUUCACAUUAGAAUUAAUAAGUAAUAUUGUUAAGAAUGAAAUAUACAAAUUAUAGUGAACUUGAUAUAGGAUUUUUUAGUAAUAAUUUGAAUCAAUUAUAAAAUAAUGUUAUUCAAGUUGUUGCUAGUUCUUAAAUUGAUAAAAAUUGGGUUAAAAUAAAUACAAAUGAUUUGAAUAAUAUUUAUUCAGAAAAGUAUUCAAUAUUUCCAAGAGUUUCAACUUCAGAUUAGAUGUAAAUGAAAUAAUAUUUUGAUAUUUCAUCUGAUGAAAGUGACUCAGAAGUUUGUUGUUAAAAUGAUGUAAUUUUAAUAAUUAUAAUGAUAGGAAUAAAUUGAAUAAGGAAAGUAAUAAAAUCUAUAGGAAUUUUAUGAAACAAAAAUCGAAAUUCAAAAAAAGAAAGUCUGUUUAUGA